UGCAAGGUGAUCGGGUGUCAUAAUCGUUAGUUCAAGGUACACUCAAACCGGAGAUUUCGCUGAGCAUACUAUUUUGCAUGACUAUGAAAUGCUAUAUAGCGGAACUACUUAAUUUCUACACCAGCUAAUUUAGCAUUUGUAAUAAUUGCUAAUGAAUAUUCUGAGGAAUGGUACAAGUACAUUUCAUGGCCAGCUAACGUUCUUUUAAGAUCGCUUGUAUUAUGCGAAGCUACACAAACAGUAGAUGAGACUACCAAUCCGCUCCUUGGUGAGCUCCUGGAGACUUGGUAAAAGCUCGCCUGCAGAUAUUGUGAGACGGGGCCUGAGUGGCGGAACCAUGCGGUUAGUCCAGUUCUGUCGUCAUAGCGAAGAAGGGACGGUAAGAGUUGGAGUACAGCUCGAUGCGGGACAGGGUGUUGUUGACCUAAGAGGCUUUGACUCCUCGCUGCCCAACACCAUGAGGGAAUUCCUUCAGACGGGGGAUAGGGGCAUGGAACAGGCACGCAGAGCACUGUCCAGUGGUCAAUGUGUGGUCUCCCUGUCUGAGUUGAGGCUGCUGCCGCCGGUGACAGCCCCGGAAAAGGUGGUGUGCGUGGGCAUGAACUACCGCGACCACUGCCUCGAGCAGAACGCCCCCAUCCCCAAAGAGCCAAUCAUCUUCAGCAAGUUCCCCAGCGCCAUCACCGGUCCGUAUGAUGACAUUACGCUGCCUGAGGAGAGCAAGGAGGUUGACUGGGAGGUGGAGCUGGCGUUCGUGAUCGGCCAGAAAGGAAAGCACAUCAAGGAGAAAGAGGCUCUCUCCUAUGUGGCAGGAUUCACAGUAGCCAAUGACGUCAGCGCACGCGACUGGCAGAUGCAUCGUAAUGGGAAGCAGUGGCUGCUGGGAAAAACAUUUGACAGCUUCUGCCCAUUAGGCCCCGCCCUAGUCACUACUGCUGCUCUUAAGGAUCCGCACAACCUGGCGAUCCGUUGCCGUGUCAAUGGAGACACAGUCCAGGACAGCAACACUAAUCAGAUGAUCUUCAAGACAGAGCAGCUUGUGGCUUGGGUCUCACAGUUCGUGACGCUGUGUCCGGGCGACGUCUUCCUGACGGGGACUCCUCCCGGGGUGGGCGUGUUCCGGAACCCUCCGGUCUUCCUCAAGAGAGGUGAUGUGGUGGAGUGCGAAAUCGAUGAGAUUGGACUCAUUCGUAACACAGUAAUCUGACUGGCAGAAACACAACUGUUCCCUCUCUGUCCUUUCAACAUUUCCUGCAAAACUGGGGUCAUUAUGGUGAGGGGUUUUUUUUUGUUGCUAGGUUUUGUUUAUUUUAUAACACGGUCAUACCACUUAAAAUGCAUUUAAUAUAAAUUUCGGCAGUGCAGAGGCAAGCUUCUUCUGCUGCAACAAAACCAGCCCACAAGAGUUUGUACUGAAUUCUAAAUGUCUCGGGUGAAUUUGUAUGUAAAUCCAACUGUCUCAUUGAGCGGCUGGGGUAAUUGUUUUUAUUUCUUUCACGCUGCGGCAGGGAUUAUUUUUCCAAACCUUCUCCCUCGACUGCAUCGUCAGCACAUUCGCUCACUUAUCAAGUUGUGUGGGGUUGACAGCCACCUCAACCUGAAGGACCACAUGAGAGGCGGUGUAGUGCGCCAAGACGCUUGAGUGCAGAGUGCAGCCACGGGUUAAUGAUUCACAGGGGAGGAUUACAGCCGCGCCAUUCACGGAGGGCUACAGACAGCAGACAGCUGUCCCCUGAACACAGCACCAUGUGUUUCAAAUGCAUCGCCUGCCGCAGUCACUCUAAUUUCCAACUUGUUCAAAUCUACAGUAAUUUUUUAAAAUGGCUGAUUCCUGGUGGAGUGGCAUGUUUUUAGUCAUAAAGCGAGCAGACAUGCUCCAGCAAUUAUAAUUAUAAUGCUCACCCAUCAGCCACUCUGACGCAGCUGACACCUCUAUCCUGCCAUUAGCUUCUAAUGCCCAUUAGCGAUGAACAGGACAGCACACAGCAACCCUUCAUUACUUGUCAGCGCUUCCUAACUGCACGUCUCUUUCAGUGACACCUAUGCAUUUCUCCAGCUCCCCGAUGCUUCUAUUUCUUCGACUUAAUUGAUACCUUGAAUUAACUUGACCGUGUUUCCACCAGUGACCUGGCUUUCCCCCACUAUUCUUCAGUUUUUUUGUUUUAACAUGUUUUUGAACUUUUCAGCUUUAUUGGAUAGAACAGUGUAGAGAGACAGGAAGAACAGGGAAGAGAGAGGGAGAGACGUGCGACAAAGGGUCGCGCGGUCAGGAUUCGAACCGCCGACGUCGCGGCUCGUAACGAGCAUGCGGACAGUGCUGCACAGGCUACGCCACGAGACACCCCCAGAUUUUAAAUUUUGUCAGGUUUAAAUCUCUUGGUUAUUUUAUCACGCCUUUUUAAAAGGAUCCCUGGAGACGGAACAAACAAAAAUGUUGAGAAUGGUGCAUUAACAACGUCUCAAAUGUGGUUAUCAUUUUGAAAUGACUUGCUUUUGUGUUAGAUGCAUUUAAAAAGGCUUCAGUCUGUUUGGCUUUGAAAUCUCCCCUUUUCAGGGGCCGCUUAUCCUAGAGUGAUAUGUAAUCAGUUUUCAAUCAGGAACCAAAUUUCUCUGCAUUUUAGUUCAUGCUUUUUACAGUGGAAGCUGCCUUAAUGCAUUUCCUAAUGCAAUCAUUAUAGAUUUAAAGAUGACAUAAGAUGUUGAACACAAAAUUAACAUAAUGGUGCAAGUCUUUGUCUAUAUUUUGCCCUUGAACAUUAACGGCUCUGAAAUGACUCUCUUAUAAGUAAUCCAAGACUAACUCACACUAACAAUAAGGUUUUAUUUCUUUUAUUUGAAAAUAAAGCAGAAAAAUAAAAAAUAAAAAGACUGUUCAUAGCAGCUUGGAGAUUCUAUGAAAUAAAACCCAUUUAAAUGCAGAGUAUCUUCCAGAAAGAGCUGGGGGCAGUUGAAGAAUACUUUGAAGUAGCAAGUCAGUUAACAGGGCACAGCUGCCUUGGUUAAAGAAAUGUAAGCUUGCUAAGGAAUGUUACCUUUUGAGUUUUUUUUUUGUGUGUGCGCGCCUUUUACACAUUGUACCACUAGGUGGCAGAAGUACUUUGAAAUGUGCCAAUAAAAUGAAUAAAGAGGG